GCCUCGACAUCCGCUUCACGAAACAUCUUCCUGGCGCCUCGUGUGGAAGCCUCGAGACAAAGGACACGUCGCUGCCCACCAGAGCCCGGAUGUGCGGACACACGUGUUGAAGUGGACUUUGUAGAAAGUGUCGCCUCAGACUCACGAAGCUCGCGUCGCGUGGUAACAGGAAGGAGACGGAGACGGAACUCGCAACACGGCGCGAGUCGCAGCGACUCUCUGGAGACUAAACCGCGCGUCUCAUCGCCCACGAUGCCCACGUGACCCUGUGCGAGCGACUCUGUGUUGUUCCGCUUCAUCGGAAGCGUCCAGAUUGUGUCCUCGUGUCCUGCGGAGCUCAUGACGUCAUCGUGCCAGCAGGAGAUACACGGACCCGAGCGGAGCCGAGCGACGCCGAGCGGAGCAGAGUGAGCGGAGCGUUUUUAACGGAGCUGUCUGGAGGAAACGUUUCUGAGCUCGUGAAAAUGUCUAAAGCCCAAAUGCUGAGAGGUUUAGUCAACCAGCGACUCACUGCGGCUGCGCAGGAGAUCUGCGGGCUGUUUGAAGGAACGAUCGCAGAGUACGAGGAGGAACUGUGUAGUUUAAAAGAGGAGAACGAGCGACACCGGAAGCUGCUGCACGCCGUGUUCAACCCGGAAGUCCGGUUGCAACGAGCAGACGUCCAGCUGCUGUUGGUGGUUAAAGAAGAGGUUCCUUCUGAGCAGCAGGUCUGGAGCUUCAGUCUGGACCAGGUGCAUCCAGAGUCCCUCCUAGUUAAAGAGGAACAGGAGGACCCAGAGCCCCCCCACAUUAAAGAGGAACAGGUGGACCCAGAGCCCCCCCACAUUAAAGAGGACCAGGAGGACCCGCGGUACAGAAUGCCCAAAUACCAAGGCUACACCUUCAUAGCCCACAAUGCAUCUGGUUUUGACAAUUGCAUCCUGUUGGAGUAUUUUGUCAAACAGGGUAUCACGCCUGGUGUGACCAUGAGGGGGAGCCGUGUCGUCCUGAUGUAUGAUCAGACAUACCAGCAGCGGUGGAUCGACUCAUUCAGUUUUCUCCCCAUGCGUCUGUCAAAACACCCGAGGCCUUGGGCUUUGAGGAUCUGA